AUGGCUGUGGUAGUAUGGGCCAUGUCUGUUCUGUUACUGCUGGUCCUGUCUUCCCCGGGGGUCUGCUCAGCUCCCAGCGCCCAGCACCUGUGUGGCUCUCACCUGGUGGAUGCCCUCUACCUGGUCUGUGGGGAACAAGGCUUCUUCUAUAACCCCCACAGACCCCCCAGAGACCUACUGCUGCAACACCUCAUAGGGUUCCUGUCUAAGAAGAGCAGACAGGGUUGGAGGGUGAAGCAGGAACGUCCAUGGAAAGACCAGAAGGUGAAGAGAGGUAUUGUGGAACAGUGCUGUCAUAUGCCAUGUAGCUUCAGCCACCUGCAGAGCUACUGCGACUGACUGGAGUUUACUCAUAGUCUACACUCGACUGACAAGAGAGCAGACUAGCCUGGAGAGCUACUGGUGGAAGGACAUGUCAAUCUUGUAUAAAACUAAAUGUCAAAAAACUAAAUGUUUAAAAAAAAUAAAACAUGUGUAUGACCAGUAACAGACUGUUGGUAUAUUGAAGACAGUGGGUCUUUGUUCCAGUGUGGGAUGUUAUGAAGGAAAAGGAAAGAGAUACAGAUCAAGGGGUAAAAAACAGUCAGGCAAGACAAAGUGUCCAGAGUUUGAUGUGAUUGCAAUCCUAGAAUGCUCUCUACUGGCUACAGCGGAGUGUGGCUGUUGAUGUCAGGAGACGAGCAGCAUUUUGAGAAU